ACAAUGCUAGGAUCGACGCAGUUAUCAAAGACUCUCUCUCUCUUUCUCUCUCUCUCUCUCUCUCUCUCUCUCUCUCUCUCCUCUUUGUCUUUACCGUGUACACUCAUUCAUUCAUACCUCCCCGUCUUUAUUCUUCUGAACUCACUAAACUACCUACCGGUACCCAUAUGCUGUACUGCGUAUAUUCAUUCCCCUUCUUUCUUUGUUUUUGCAACUACCGAAGCGGGUGAUGGCCCCUCAUCGGACAUUCAGUGCAUAGCAUGCAGUCACUUACAUAAAGUAUCUAGAUGCCUUGAAAGAGGCACAGAAAGGGAGCUAGUCUAGCU